AUGUACCCUGAAUCAAUUCCUCUUGGAUCAUACACACACCUAAAUUUCGCCUUUGCCUUCAUCGACCCUACUUCAUUCAAAGUCGCCCCGAUGGAUAGCAGGGAUGUUGGAUUGUAUAAAAGAUUCACUGGGCUCAAGAACCUUUAUCCUGACCUCCAGACUUGGAGGUCCAUUGGAGGCUGGAGCAUGAAUGGCCUUUAUCAGCCCACUGCUACCACCUUUCCAGACCUGGCUGCAUCAGAGUCAGCGCAGAAAAAUUUCUUUGAAUCCUUGGUUUCCUUCUUGGAGACAUACGGCUUUGAUGGUAUCGAUCUUGAUUGGGAGUAUCCAGUAGCUGAAGAGCGCUCAGGAAAAGCCGCUGACUACAAAAAUUACACUUCUUUCCUCAAGAUUCUCCGUAAUGCCCUCGCGUCAAGUGGGCAUACAUACGGUCUUACCAUCACCAUUCCAUCCUCUUACUGGUAUAUGCAACACUUUGACAUUGUCGAGAUCGAGAAGACAGUUGCCUGGUUCAAUAUCAUGUCCUAUGAUCUGCACGGCAUUUGGGACAAUACCAAUAAAUAUCUUGGCCCUUAUAUCAAUGCUCGCACCAAUUUAACCGAAAUCAACUUGGCAAUGGAGCUCCUUUGCCGCAAUAAGAUUGACCCCGACCAUGUCGUUCUUGGUCUGGGCGUUUAUGGCCGGUCAUUCACUCUCGCCGAUCCCAGUUGCAACACCCCCGGAUGUAUUUUCUCAGCAGGGGGUAAUGCAGGGUCUUGCACGGACUCAGUCGGAACACUCUCAUACUCAGAGAUUAAGAGUGUGAUAGAUAAAGGCAACGCCAAAGUGUCCCUAGACAGGAAGGCCGCCGUCAAAAUGGUCACUUGGGGCGAGAACCAGUGGGUCAGCUAUGAUGACGAGGAAACGCUCAAGCUGAAGCUGGACUAUGCUAAUAAUUACUGUCUUGGUGGUACCAUGGUAUGGGCCGUUUCAACAGAUGAUUCCGAGGGCACAGUCUCGGCCGCACUAUCGAAGUUGACAGGCCGUAGCACAAUCGCAUUGUCGGCCAAAUCACUUGCUUCUAUCACUGACCAAGUUCAAUCUUGCCAGUUGGGGGAAUGCGGCGAAGCUUGUCCGAACGGCAUUAGCCCUGCUCGGCGAAGUGAUGGCAAGAAUAGAGGCAACACGGGUACUAACACUGGAUGCUCGAAUGGCAAAUCGCGUCUUUACUGCUGCCCAACGGACAAUAUGCCCACUUGCCAGUGGCGUGGCGGGGCUCCAUAUUGCAAUGGCAAAUGCCACAAGGGAGAGGUUGAAGUGUCAAGCAGCAUCAGUGGAACUGGAAAAAGUUGUUGGACUGGGCACAAAGUACUUUGCUGUACGCAGACCGCGGCCAACAAAGCAGUUUCCGAAUGUGGUUGGUCAGGAAGUGCGCCCUUCUGUGCUGGGAUUCAUAGCAAUGCAGGCUGCCCUUCAGGUAUAGAGCGAUUAACUUAUUCCACUUAUGGUGCUGGUGGAGAGGAGCCUUGUAUUGUCGGUUACAAGUCAUUCUGCUGUGAUCAGCCUCCUCCAUACGAGAACUGCGACUGGUACUACCACGGUGGGAAAUUCUGGGACUCUGUUCCCUUCCAGUGCUCUGGAACGUGCCCUGCGGGGAAAGCUUCCAUCGCGCCUGAUCCUUCUGGGUGCCUGUCAGAAUAUGGAUCAUUCUGUUGCGAUUCACCAGCUACGAGUAUAUGUUGA